CGCCACAUGUCGCGGUGUCUUUGAAACCUUAAAGCCAAAACGACACGCAGCACUCUUAGGCUGAGCAACGGACACCUGUUCCUAACGUUCCAACCGCCACAACUUUCUCACAAAGACGUGCGUUUCCGAAGGCCAUUUUCACCUCUCGGUGUUGUCCAGACCCAAGCAAGACAAAGCGGAAAAUGGAGAAGAGAGCGUUGCUGAGGGUACAGAAGAGAAAGCCCAUUAAGCGUAGCAAGAAGAAGUUGCUUAAGAAAGUGGCAGACUAUCUCAGAUCGGAUUCUUACAUGUUUGCUCCUCUCAUCUCUCCCCGAUCUAAGACUUUUCGUUCUUCUGCUAUAGGAGUGGAAGUAAAAGAACCCAUCAAGGAAACCAACAACAACAGGUUGCUCAAGAAGAUUGGGGAGUAUCUGAAGUCUGAUUCUUACAUGUAUGCUUUUUUGGUUGCUCCUUCUCAAUCAAUUAGUUCUCCUAUAGGACCUUCAGGGUACAUGAAAAGGGUCACUAUGGCAGUUUCAACAAGGAAAGUGACUAUGAUAGAGAAUGAACCAACAGGUCAGUCGUCUGAUGAAGUAGUAGAGGAUCAAAUAGGCAAGAGCUUUCUUCAUGAAACACGAAUUUCAGAAGAACAAAAUUUUGGGCACAGAGAAACGGUGAAGCGCAUGGUUUUCCAAAACUGUCGUUCCACAUCUGUAUCAGGAAAGGAGAUGCUCAACUCAAAGCUAAGGAAAGUUGUUGUUGACUGAAAAGUUGGUACAUCGAUUCACUGUAGUUAGUUAAUGAUGAAAAUAUACAGGAAUCUUGCCCUUAUGUAUGCAAUCAUAGUUAGGAUACUUAUUAGUUGUAUUUUGUUGUAAGUGGGAUAAUGAAAAGCUGUAGCUAAAACGUUUGCUGGUGUGGUGUUCAUGAGUUUGUAUAGUUUCUUUGACUUUUACAAUGCUUUUUAUAAUUGGACUUUUGCAAGCUUUAGUUCAUUGUUUCCCCUGUUGCA